ACGGGAGCUAGCCGCCUUGUUAGCACUCAUUAGUUCGUCCGAGAGGAAACAAAAAGCUCUUUCGUCCGCAAACUUUGACACCGGCUUUGACCGGAUGUUCACAGGAGAGGUCGUUGAUGGAAGCUCGACGCCAGGAAGUGUUAACCUGUACGUCCACAAUGCAUGGACAACGAUAAUGGCCUCUCAGACCAGGGAUGUGGAUGGGAAACUUUUUGCUAAUAAGUCAUCCUUUGGCAACUCCGUGGAGCGGUGCAACAGUUGCCAUUUCACCCCAUAAUCCAUCAUGUCACUACCAAAUGAAUCAGGGAACCGAGGGAAGGAUCGAGAGAGGGGGGCUCGUCCCAAGGUGAGACAGAGCCGGUCAGAGGAGAGACGGGACACAGGAAGGAAAGGUGGAAAGGCAAAGAAAAAGGGCCAUGCCUGCCAUGAAUCACCUGCUGAGCGACCUGUCAGCGAUGGCUUUGAGUAUGGUGAGCUGUUAAGUGACCUGGAGGGCAGUGACCAAUCUUCCUGUUCCCUGAGGGAGAGCUGGAGAUUGCCGGGAUUGGACGUCACCGCCUCUCCACUAGGACAAGAAUGUAUAGCAGCCCGGCCGGGCCUGGAAACCGUCGGCUCUGCCAGUGAGUCGUCUGCGUCAAGUGAAGGUGACAGCAGAGGCUCGAGCAGCAGUCGCACUCUCCGGCAAAAAAUCCAAGAUGCAAUGGGGCAGUGUUUCCCAAUAAAGACCCACAGUGCAGCAGCAGCACCAGCUCCACAGGCUCUAUCAUCAUCAUCAUCAUCAGCAGCCGCCUGCGCCUCCUCAAGGCGUAAGAUCCAUCUCAGUGAGUUGAUGUUGGAUGACUGCCCUUUUCCUGUAGGGUCUGAGCUGGCUCAGAAGUGGUAUCUCAUUAAGCAGCACACAGCCCCCAUUACCCAGCCUCCGGUGCUGGAUUCUCCAGUCGUGUGCAGCGCCCCACCUCCGGCCAUGCCUGCUGUGGUGGAGGACGUGGACGAUAGGUUGAGAGAGCGCAGGCGAAUUAGCAUUGAGCAAGGUGUUGAGCCACCCCCCAAUGCAGAGAUUCACACAUUUGAGGUGACGGCCCAAAUUAACCCUCUCUACAAGCAUGGCCCUAAGCUGGCUCACGGUAUGAAUGAGUUAGCAGGGGCUGACCGAGCCUCCGCCCAGCAGCAACAGCAGCUUCUUCUCCAGAGACAGCAGCAGCACCAGCUCCUGCUUCAGAGCUGCCUGGACACCCUGGACGAGGUGGUGGCCUCGGCCUCAGCAUCGGCCUCAGCAUCGGCCUCUGUCCCCACCAGUGAACCCAUCUCUGACCCUGUGGUUGAACCAGAGGUUGCAGCGACCAACACGCCCUCCAAAGCCGUACCUCCUCAGACUGAACCACAAACAUCCGAAGAUGGCUACCGCAUUCACACCCAGAUUGAUUACAUUCACUGUUUAGUUCCAGACCUGCUGCAGAUUACCAACCUCCCAUGUUACUGGGGGGUGAUGGACCGCUAUGAGGCCGAGACGCUGCUGGAGGGGAAGCCCGAGGGCACUUUCCUCCUGCGGGACUCUGCCCAGGAGGAUUACCUCUUCUCUGUCAGCUUCCGCCGCUACGGCCGCUCGCUCCACGCACGCAUCGAGCAGUGGAACCACAAUUUUAGUUUCGACGUGCACGACCCCAGUGUCUUCCACGCUUCCACAGUCACAGGAUUGCUGGAGCACUACAAGGACCCCAACUCGUGCAUGUUCUUCGAGCCCCUGCUCUCCAACCCCAUCCACCGCUCACAGCCCUUCAGCCUGCAGCACAUCUGCCGAGCGGCCAUAAGCAGCUGCACCACCUACGAUGGCAUUAACAUGCUUCCCAUUCCAAAUACUUUGAAAAAGCACCUGAAAGAAUACCACUAUAAGCAGAGAGUACGUGUACGGCGAAUGGACACCUGGUGGGAAUGAAGGACAACAGAAGAGACAAAUACAUUUUUAACACCGGUCUCUCCUUAUUGAACCUAAUAAUGACUAUGGCUGUUUUAACCUACACUGCACUGUUCUUAUUUAUUUUUAUCCCUGCUGUACAUGUCUUAACAAUUGUGUGGACUACACUGAUGAGGAGUAAUCUGACUGAUCUUUCACGCUCCAUGUUCUUAAUGCUCAGAUUAAAGCGUUGUAUUUAGAUCUGCGGUGUUCAGAGAACUACCCUCUCAUCAUCUGUGUUCUCAAGUGCGACUAAAUCAGCUUUAUUAUCAGACUGUGGGGGAAUGUGUCUUAGUGGAAACGGAGAUGAUUAAAAUAAUAGAGUUGUUCAUCAGUCACACGCUGGGAAGACGGAACACACACAGACAAGGUCUCCCACUUGUUACUGAGGUGAGGAAGUGUAAAUCAUUUACCACAACGAUCCUCGGAUUUUCUAUAAUUGGUUAGAUGAAGAUCCACGUCCUAUCUGCUCUAAUUAUGAAAGAGAAGGUUUGAUCCAGAAUAGAUAUUUGUCACACACUGAAGUCACGAGGACGCUUAUUGUUCAGUGUUAUAGUUUCAUUGCAGGGAAAGAUGAAAAGUGAUAUUGCACAACCAGUGGUAAAUUAAUGCCAUAUGUUCCUAUUCUACAUCAUUUGGUUGCUUUGUUUUUCCCCUUCAUCAAAAAACCAUCUGUCGUUUCUCCUGAGGUUGAACCGCACACACGGCGAGUGCCGGCGGACUUCAUUAGUUUGGAAUUAAAGGAUCAAAUGUAAAGGUGAAGCAGGUUUAGAAUGUAAAUGAUGGAGCACAAGCAUUGAUGGAUAUAAUUUUUACUGAAAAUCUGGCUGCAGUGCUGUUUUUAAUGUACUCGUCCCCGGUCCAGAGGUUUGGUCUGAUUUUUUAUUUUUUAUUUUGUAUGUUAAUGUAGCCGGAAGACCCAGAUCCUUAAAGAAUGUUGUUGCUUUACUUCCUGCUGUGCUUUAAAGAGGUGGGGGGUGAACACACUAAUCUUUCAUUCCAACAGUUCAGUGAUACAAUGUUCGUAGUGAAUUAGCAGAAGUGAAUCUUGAUUUUAAGAGGAAUAUGAUGGGACAUGGAAUGUAUGUUGGCUUUUUCUGGAGCUCGACAUUAAGUCGGCUGCACGGCAAAAAAGCCUGUAAGCUCUGAAAAGAUUUGAAGAGAUGAAUCAGACCGAGGCUGAAAACCUCCAGGCUCUGAGGAGAGGUACUGCUGUAAAUGCAAGUCUAAGAACCCGAGGCAAAUGCUUAAAAUUUAAUAUGUGGGAGUAUAGGGUAUAGUGCACUUUACAGCUUAUGAUAUAAUGCAUAAUAUACCUGUGUCUGUGCAUGUACAUAAACUAGAAUGGUAUCAGAAAUCGUAAACCCCCACCAGGGCCCAACAGUCCCAAAUCGAAACCACAUUCAAAUUCACUAGGUCCGAAUUUUCAUUGGAAUUUGAGACGAAUUGCACAAACCCAGCCCCUUAAACAUGUCACUGAAUUAUUGAAAACCUCACUUUCUUGCUUUGUUUAUGAAAGUUGGAAAAAAUCCUUGAUCUGGGUCUGCACCAAAACUGAAUGUGGUUCUUCCCUGACCCAUAAUGCAUCAUUCCACCACUCCACCCCACGGUUUGUGUGUGUUCCUGUGAACUAACAGACAAAUUAACGAAAAACAAAACCUCAUCGUCAGAAGUAAAUAAAUAUAUUUUUAAAUAUAUCAAUGGAAAAAAUAUGUCAACACUCAAAUUCUACAAAUGCAAAGAGAAAAUAAUUGUAUUACUUUACAAAGACAAACAUUUAUAUUUAAACAGAAUAAUUAUGUCAACAUUGCAAAUGAGGUCUAUUCUGUCAAUCUCCUAAAAUGAAGACAAGACAGAUCUGCACGUCUGAAUGUGCAAAUAAAACCAACGUGCCACAAACGAGUCAAACAUUUCACGCCAGACAGACUUUAAUUCAGCUUAUUAUCAAGGACUUAUUCGAAAGAUUAACUGCAACAUUUACCUGUGCAGACGAGUCAUGCACCGCUGUGUGUGAGCGGCAUCUUUGUACUAAUGGAAACACACAAGAGAGAGCAGGCAGCUAAUUGUUGUAUGCAGUAAGUAAUAAUCACAAAAGAAGAGCGCUCCGGUGUUAAUAAGAAAGCGUAGAGAAUGGAUCCCACCGUUCGCCCCCUGAACCGCUCCGAUACGGUUUCUCCUCCUCGAGACGGGUGAUUUGAUUUGCCGGAUGCAAAUUAUUCAUGACAGUUCCCUCCGCCACUAAUGAAGAUGCUAUAAUUUAAACAGCCGUUCCAAGGCAGCGUUAAAGUCUGCAUCCGAAAUGCAAAGUCCGGACCUUUGACCUUUUGUGUACUUAAUUAAGUCAGUAUAAAAUCGAAAGUAUAGAAAAGGGUUGUGUGUGUUGGAAGACAUUUGACCUGUCAUGCAUACACAAGUGUUGUCGACGCUAUGAACCUUCUGCACAUGCAAUUUCAUUCCCGUGACAGUUAAAGGCUUUUGACUUGUGUCUUCCACCACAACACAAUCUGGUGUUUUAUGGCAGAUAAACCUACAAGAUUCUAUUUAUGUGCCAGGGUUUUCCUGUAAUUGUUUUAAGGGUGAUAACUAAUUUAUAUGCAAGCUUACACGUGACUAAUGUGUAAUUUGGUGCUAAGUAUUGGUUUAAAUGGCACAUUUCCAAUCGAUAAUUUCCAAUCAAGUGGAACCUACAGAGAGUUUGAGAGCACAGCAGAUCAGAUGAGCACAUUUUUUCUACCAGUAACGAUGCAUCAAACACACAUACGGAGAACAGAGUGAUCAAUAUUUCAUCAGUAAUGAAUGAAUAUGUGGUUUGGUUUCUCCCAGUGUUCCUCUGGAAAUCCUCAACUGUGUAAACUCGACACGACUAAACAUCCUAAACUGUUUGGACAAAUUCCCCUUCAACGAUAUGUGGAAAAGACUUGUAAAAUAAAGUGUUAACAAGUUCAA